ACCUGUAGGUCGGAUGUGAAGAUGGCUCGGUCAAAUUGUUUGAGAUUCUUCCAGAAAAACUUCAGUUUGAGAGAAAUCUGGAUCGUCAAAAAGGUCGUGUACUUUCUUUGGCUUGGCACAAGUCAGGUUCAAUGAUUGUGACAGGAUCGCUGGAUGUUAUCCGAGUUUUUGAUGUGAAGUCUGGUCACUGCACACGUCAUAUUUUUGUGGAUCGCGGUGAUCCGGUUUCGCACAAUCGAGAAUGUGUGGUAUGGAGUCUCUGUUUUCUCAGCAAUUACUCUAUUGUGAGUGCUGAUUCAGCAGGGAAAGUGCAGUUCUGGGAUUGGCAGACAGGAACUCUGCUGAAAACACACCCAGUCACUAAAUGUGAUGUGUUGACACUUUCAGUGAACAAGGCUGAAGACAGCAUUGUUGCUGGAACCUCUGAGGGAACUGUUGUCCAAUUUCAGCUGAUUGCAGUAAAGUCAGGAGUUGCUGAUACUCAGUGGGUUCGUACGAAGACUUUUAAACAUCAUUCCCAUGAUGUGAGGGCUGUUAUUCAUACCAAGUCGGCUCUUGUCUCGGGUGGUUUGGAUGCCCAGCUUGUCAUUCGUCCCCUGAUGGACCGUGUGGAAACCAAGUCAUACGAAGCUGCUCUCCGCAAAAUCCUCUUCCCACACCGAAACCUAGUCUGUUGCAGCCGGAAGGCGAAUCUACUCCUGUUUCAAUUCCCAGACCAGCUCGAGUUGUGGCGAUUGGGUAGCCCAGGAGGUUCAGGGAUUCCUGGAGAUAUCCUUCCAAUUAGCAAAAAGCCAGAGAAGUUGCUGCAAUUAAAGAACAAGGGUUGUGAUCACAUACGGUGCUGUGCGCUCUCUCCUUGUGGAACCUGGAUUGCUUUCUCAAACGUUUACAGAGUCCGUCUCUAUCGAAUACAGUAUGAAAAUGACAGUGUCACAAUUCAUGCGGCUUCACAGUUUUUGAAGGCACAGCAGCCAGCUCAUCAGUUGCUGUUCUCUGCCGAUUCCACCAAAUUGUUUGUUGCCUUAGAUCGUAGUCGUGUUCAGGUUGUGGAUCUGGUGAUGCUUAAUUCCAAGCAUGCACACAUACUCACUCCCAAAUCUGAUUCCCUUGAGCCUGUCUGCCUGUUGGCAGUGAGUGCUGAUAGCAACUGGCUGGCAGCUGCAAAUUCUGACUGUGAAAUCAACAUCUAUAACUUAAAGCAGCUAAAGAAUCACUGCACAGUUCCAGUCUAUAAUCAUCUCCCUACUGCUAUUGCCAUUAAUCCACACACCAACAAUCUGAUUACUGUCCACACAGAUCACCAGAUUUUUGAAUUCAGCAUCAGUGAGAAAAAAUACACUGAGUGGAGUCGUGCACUGCAGCAACAGGGAUUGCACCAACACUGGCUUGAACGGGAUACGCCUGUCACACAUGUGACUUUUAACCCUAAAGUGACCACACAGAUUAUCCUUCAUGAUACAUACAUGUUCUGUAUUAUUGACCAGUUGCUGCGUCUUCCAAACGAACAAUCAAACCUUCAUAACCAACUGACCCUGAAACGUCUCUCUGGAAAAGCCCGCAAAGUUGAGGAACAUGCAUUCAAAAUUUGUAAGAAAUUCAAGCCUCUGAUGCAUGUUGAACUUCUGUUUGAUGGUUGUCUUGUGGUGGUGGAACGUCCUGUGAUGGAGAUCAAUGCACAACUGCCUGCACCUAUCCGACAGAAGAAAUUCGCCACAUAAAUGAAUUGAGUUGCUGUCGGUUCCUUUUUGUUACUUUUUUUCAGGAUCUUUCAGAUUGCUCCCUAGAUUGUCCUUUAAACCUUACAAUGGAGUUACAAACUUGUAAUGUUUUAUUUGAAAUAAAUGCUGUGUCAAACUUAAA